GGGCCGAGAUGUUUAAACGGCUGACAAAGGCGAGGCGCCACAGCGCUGACGAGAUUGGCAGCAGCGGCGGUGUACUGCCAAGCCCGCUAAGCCUUCACGAGCCACCGGGACGCAAGAAUUCCGAGGGCCAAAUUAUCCGGGCCAAUGGGCCGGCUGCCACAUAUAUGUUCGCCACCGCGCGGUCCAAGUUGUCCAGGAAGAGCUGCGGUGAUGCCUAUGCAUUGUUGAACUCCGCCGACGACGAUUCGUCGUCCCCGACGCCGUCUGCCAACUCGAUGCAGUCUGAUACGGAUUACAGGCUGGUCACCGCCGUGCCUGCCUUCAUCGUCGAGCACGAGCCUGAGAAACACAAAGGUCUGGCGAACGUCUGGGGUUUCCGAAGAAUGAGCAAGAAAAUCGACUCGUUUCGCCGUUCGAGCUCGCGCGAGACGAUCUGCGGUACGAUCCCCGAGCACAACAACAAAGACAUCGUCGACGGCCCGGACAAGAAGGCACCACUGGAGCGGCGCUUCCUACAAAACUCCACGAGAUCGCCGUCGCCGUUCAAGUCGUUCUUUAUUCGCAUGGGUUCGACGGGCAUGCUGAACACCUCGUCGAAGAGCCGCCGAGCGUCGCAGAAUUUGGAAGAGCCGAAACGCAGCGAGGAGAAGGAGAAUCUGUUUAGGAGCUGCAGCACCAGCCAGUUGAAUACGUCGCCGACGUACGUCAAGGGCGACGACCCGUCGGAGGGUAUCGAUCUGCGGAUAACCGCGAAAAACGAGAAAACCGUGUCUUGCGACAAUCUCAGUGGCAAGCCAGCUGGCGAGGGACGAACGAGCAGCUUCGUGCCGUGCGACUUCAAGCCUGGUAGAAACGAUUUCAUGAGGAAAUCCAGUAGCUGCGACUUCAAGGAGACGAAGAAGGGCAAUUUCCCGUAUGCAUUCCUAAGGUCGAGACUGUCGGUACUGCCCGAGGAGAGAAACUACAACGGCGUGGUGAUGAAUGGGAGCAAAGAGGAUCGCCUAUUUAAGACUGCCUCGGAGGAGCACUUCCCGGCGAUGAAGAUCGAGGACACUUUCGAGGGCACCACGACGCUCGGCAGACGGAGAACGCCCAAGAGCGGCUAUCCGAGCCGAGAUUGCAACCGCUACAGACUGCAAGAUCCGUCCAGCAGGUACGCGAGAAACUCGUACUCGGAGGAGCGCUACGAGAGCAAAGAGAGCAGGUACUUUAGUCCGGUGAACUUGGCGAUGGUACAGAAUGGUUUCGAGGAAAACUGCCGGAACUCGAUAUCGUUGCCCUACCAAGGCACCACCGACCUCGACUUCGACUCCGCGAGCAACAACUCCGCGCUGCUGAGAAAUUCUCGCAGGAAUUCCAGCGGCGAGCAGAGGUUGUCGUCGCACUACGUCAGCUCGAACGAGUCGGGUUACGACAGCGACGGUCCUCGAGGCGAGUCUGGCGAGCCGUUAAAGUGUAGCACGACCGACAGCUCGGACACGAGUAGCGUCGUCGAUUCGGAGCUGGAGAAACCUAUGCGUAGCUCGACACCCAGCGAAGACGCCAAAGACGAGACUCUUGUUUGGAAUCAUCAAGCCGCAUCUGGAAGGAUAUUACCGAGUAUACAUCAGAGCACGACGACGCAGACAACGACAACGCCAAAAAGUGCAGACGCGAUACAGGCAUCGGCUCACAGGAUGAGACUGCAGCAAGAUAAGACGAGAUUCUUGACUGACAUUAUUCAGCCGCCCAAGAGGAUGCGUAGGUGUAGACUGGUGAGCUUAAGCAAGACUGAUCCGAAGGAGAGUCUAGGGAUUAGACUCGCCCAGCAGAGGCACGACGAAGUGCGAUAUGUUAUCGUGCAGCUCGAGGCUGACGGUAUUGCGCACAGGGAUGGACGACUGAGGCUGGGCGACGAGAUAGUCGAAGUCGAGGGCAAAGAUCUGCGCACGAUGAGCAGCCUUGAGGAGGUGCAAGACUUCCUUCGCUCUUGCGAAGGCACAAUGAUUUGCUUGAAAACGGCCUACGAGGAAACGGUGCCCCAAAUCUACCUUAACGAGGAUACGGCAACACAGGAUAGCAGCAAUCGGCAAACGGAUACGCCGAAAUCUCACUGCCUCGUGCAGACGACGAGCUGCCCAAAGGAAAUAGGAAAGAAGCGACCGGAUUACCUACCACUGGAAUCGACCACGACGACGAGGCACGUGGCUCGUUUCGAAAAAGGCCUUGGGAAACCGAGUCUUGGUUUCAGUGUUGUGGGCGGCCGCGACAGCCCUCGAGGUGAAAUGGGAAUCUUCGUGCGCCGAGUCUUCCCUGGUGGACAAGCUGACGUCUCUAAGACUCUCUUUCAAGGUGACGAGAUUCUAAGUUUCAACGGUAAAGUGCUGCAAGGCUGCACGCAUCGCGAGGCGAUCGAGCUGUUCAAAGCUGUUCGAGAGGGAGCCAUUGAGCUGGAACUCGCCAGAAGACACAGGUAUCAUAAAGUCCCCUUAAAAACGGCACCGUACUAAAUCGUCUAAAGUUAACUGUCAACAAAACGAAAGCAACAUACUGCCAGCUGUGCCUGCUUCACACAGAUUUAAUACAAAAUCAUCAUUUCGACGACUAUCAACAAUUCGCUGUCCACGAAUCCUUAGAUUCUAGUCUUCGUUUUUUCUUUGUCAUUGUUAGUUCUCCGAAUAUUUUUUUUCCAAUCCGUUGCCUAUUAUGUACUUUAUAUAUUUAUAUACGUUUAAUUUAUUGUUCUGUUCGACACUGCGUUCGAUGCGCCAAGCGUAUUAAUGAAUUAUAUUAGCACUGCGCGAGCGAUUUAUUAAAUGGUAUUUUAGUAUUUUAUAUAUAUAUAUAUACAAGACGUAUCGCUUUGUUGUUUGUAAAUUUGCAAUGCGAUUAAGCAUCUUUUGUAUGUUAUUUUAAAGUGCCUCUUUGGUAUAUCCGCAAAUCAUGUACUAUAUAUAUAGAUUAUUUUUUACUAUAAACAGUUAAUCGAUGUGAAUAUAGUUUAAUCCAUUCUAAUGAAACAAUAGAAAGAUUUUUUUAUAAAGUAAUAAUCAGUAUAGUCCGACAAUAAUGAAAAGAGAAUAAUUUUCGUAACUUAAGUUUAUCGUUUCACACACAUACAUACUUGCGCGCACGCACACACACGCACACACACACACAUAAACACACACACAUCUACCUAAAUCAGGCAUAAUUCAAUUUAAAUAAUAUAAUAUAUAUUUAUUUUUCAACAAUUUUACAACUUUACAAUAUUUACAUUUUAAAAAACGUAGCUUUUUUUAUUUAUUUAUAAGAAUGUACAAAUUGCAAUCGUCACGUGUCGGUCAUCAAUAAAUCAGCGCACGAUUUUGCCUUUACCGCUCUGAAACACAAGCAAAAAAGAAAAAAACGAAUUUAAUAACUGAAAACAUUCCUUCGUACAGCCUACAAUAAAAUAAAAUGUAAAAGACAUAAAGAA